UCGUUUUCCGUUGUCCGUUCUUCUCCAUGAUCAUCGCACAGAGUGUCAGAUCACCACCGUGAAGCAGCGCCAUCGGACCACCGCCACACACAGAGCCACCACAACACGCCGCCGCGAAAAGCACCAGAUCAUCACCCACCACCACCACCCCCUCUAUCGACAUCUUUUCUCUCGUUAUUCUCUGUCUCUCUCUCUCUGGUUCUGGAUAUAAAUUUAUUUUCUCUUCAUGUUUUGUUGCUUAGAAAUUGGAAAGAAGUUGAUUUCUGAAUAUGCUAGUACAACAAACUUACUCAACUUCUUAGUAUUAUGGAAGCUAAACUAACGCCUAUUAUUCUUUUCUUUUCUUGGCAACUAAAAAAAGGGCCGCCUAGAAUUGUUCUUUGAUUAGAGUUUUUAUCUAUUAAUUUUUUUUAUUGUGAAUGUAUUAGUAGUUGUAGUAGAUAGUAAUGGCUGCAAUUAGGUUUUCAAGAUUGAAAUCACUCUGUUCUUCUAUUAACCCCUCUUCAAGAAUUCAAUUUUGUCAUACGAAGAUUGCGAAAUACUAUGACUAUGUUGAUGUUAGACCCUCAUUUGCUUAUAUAAACCAUAAUUAUCACGAAACAGAAUCUGGGCUUACUCAGAAUUACUUCAAGGAUGGUUUUGGAAUGAGGGGGGUGGAAUCUCUUGUUGGUAGGCAAUAUAACAGGAUCAAUUUUGUCACUGCAUUUUCGCCAACACGGUCCAAUUUGAGUUUAAGGCAUAAUGUUUUGCCUAUUGGAAUCGUUCCUGCGUUGAAUUACCGGUCCUAUUCGUCAUCUUUCGGUGGCAAAGGGGAUAAAGCGAGGGACCAGGAAGUUUCAGCGGCUUCAGGUGCAGGUGAGCCCUCUGUUAGUGAAAGUGGUGUAGGUGGAAGUGAUUGGGUUGAUAUGGUUAAGGAUGCUUGGCAAUCAGCAAUAGAUGCAAUGACUUAUACUGGGGAAAGGGCUAAAGAAGUCUCUACUGAAUUGUCUCCUUAUGUUCAAAACUUGCUUGAUUCACAUCCCUAUCUUAGAGAUGUUAUUGCUCCAGUUGGUGGUACUUUGACUGCAACUAUAUUGGCUUGGGUGGCGAUGCCGAGGCUUUUAAGAAGAUUUCAUAAGUACUCAUCGCAAGGCCCGGCUGCAUUAUUAUCCGGGACCACGUUCUGGGGGUCAGUUCCUUAUGAGAAAAGCUUUUGGGGUGCUUUGGAGGAUCCACUGCGAUAUCUGAUUACUUUCAUGGCAUUUUCACAAAUAGGCAUGAUGGUGGCACCAACAACAAUUGCAUCACAAUAUAUUGCACCAGUUUGGCGGGGCGCUAUUAUUGUUGCAUUUGUUUGGUUUUUAUAUCGGUGGAAAACCAAUGUGAUUUCUCGUGCUUUGGCUUUUAGAAGCAUAGCAGGGGUUGAUCGGGAGAAGUUGUUAACUCUGGACAAAAUUUCAUCUGUUGGUCUAUUUGUCCUUGGAUUGAUGGCUUUAGCUGAGGCAUGCGGGGUGGCCGUGCAAUCUAUUUUGACAGUUGGUGGCAUUGGAG